CCAGAAGCAUUCCAUCUGCAUCAACCGUGGGCACCGCAGCUCACACACUUUCUCGUUCUCCGCAGACGACCACUAGGGUUCUCUUAGGUUUCCUAUGACCAUUGGCCUACAUGUCUCGGACAGCCGUGCGCAAGCACCGUACAAAGUCGACCGCUAAGGAGGCAUCGUCAGCGCAGGAGCCGCAGCCCCUAGACCGUAGCAAGGCCAGGGUGCAGCAACCCAAAGCGCAGGACACCGCCUCUGAGCCUCCCCCGCAACAUGCACAAGUGACCAAGGAGCGCAAACGUGCAAACCGAAAGCGCGCGGAAAUUCAAUCUCCGGAGACCCCAGUAAGCUGACGCCACACUGUG